GAGAAUUAAAAGUGAGUAAGGGGAGAAGCUCGUAGGCGACAGUCACUUUUCAAACCAGUCUGCAGGUGGUAGACUAUCCCUCAUCGAAUAGUUUUUAUUUUUUUUGCAUGAUGUAACAAAGAUUGUUUUCUCAACGAAAAUAAAGUAAUUGUAAGGGAAUAGCACGGUGGCGUAGCCAGUUUAUUUUCAAUGUAGCUGGACACGGAAUAGUUUCUCUGUUGACUCUGAAGCCAGCCUAUACUUUACACGCAGCUCUCCAUUUUUCAAAGGAUAAUGAUGGACUUCAAAUGGACCCUAAUGAGUAAUUAAAUGCUAUGAAAAUAGGGGUGCCUAUUCAAUUUAAGUAUUUCUCAUUCAUUCAUACGCGUUUGGCGCUAUAAUUAUGGAUAAUUUUUUCAGGAGAAAGAGGAUAUUGAAAACUCUCCUGAGCUUGUCUCUCGUUUUUGCGUCUUUAGUGAUGAUUUCAAAGUUCAAGCUUGUGGAUAACAGCAUCAAGGACGAUAUGGAGGUUAAAAGCAUGGGACACGCCGCUUGGUGUGGACCUGAGUGUGAUUUAUACAAAGGAAAACGCAUAUUGAAAAGCAGUUUGGGAAACUACUCGCCGCCAGUUAUUGGUGAUGAUUUGGAUGCGCCACGGAUGACCGUCUCCAACACUACUGCGUCUACUUGGGAUGUACACGUUAUGAACUGCAGUGAAGAUUCAGCCGUAAGGGAAAACGAUUGGUUUCGCCGUUUGGACACGAGGUUCCACCAGUUUGUGUUACAUAGACAUUGUCGAUAUUUCCCGAUGUUGAUAAACCAUCCGGAUAAGUGCAGGAAUGGAGACGUGCACUUGCUCAUGGUGGUGAAAUCCGUUAUAGAACAGCAUGAUAGGCGAGAGGCAGUGCGCAAUACCUGGGGUAGGGAACAAACAAUUGAUGGUAAGAGAAUAAAAACGCUGUUUCUCCUUGGAAGCGCUACAAAUGGCAAAGACACUAAAAACCUUCAAAAGUUGAUUGAGUAUGAGGACAUGAUAUAUGGAGACAUUCUCCAAUGGGAUUUUAUGGACACAUUUUUCAACCUCACCUUGAAAGAGGUAAAUUUUCUGAAAUGGUUUGAUAUUCACUGCUGCAGUGCCAAGUUUAUAUUCAAAGGGGAUGAUGACGUUUUCGUUAAUACAAAUAACUUGCUGGAACUUAUUCGUUUCAAGACUGAGGACCGCAAAGUUCUAAAUGUAUUUGUUGGGGACACCAUCUCCAAAGCCAUCCCCAUCAGAAACCGGCAGAGCAAAUAUUACAUCCCCAAAGAGCUGUUUGACAGACCGUACCCACCUUAUGUUGGUGGUGGUGGGUUUUUAAUGUCCUCACAAUUAGCUCGAAGACUGUUCGUGGUUUCAGAGGACUUGGAGCUCUAUCCGAUUGAUGAUGUCUUUUUGGGAAUGUGCCUCCAGAAGCUUCACUUGGCACCUGAGAUGCACCCGGGAUUUAGGACCUUUGGCAUCAUGAAACGCAGAGUGAGCCCAAUGAACAGCGAACCGUGCUUUUUCAAAAACCUAAUCGUAGUCCAUAAACUGAGCCCUCAGGAGCUACUCAUGAUGUGGAGCGUAGUAGAAAAUAAGGAGCUGGUUUGCGCCAAAAGGACUGCACCAUGAGUGUCAACCUACAGCUCAAAAGGACUCAAAAGGUUAUGCAAAAAUAAUGUAAGAUUUUAUAAUUGAAUUGUAAUAUUUGUAUGUAGGCCUAGUAGUGCACUAAAAAUAUCCAACUAAGAAAGAAUGUGAGAACAAUCAUGCAGUGAUUUUUUUUUAAACAAAUGUUUAUGAAUGACAUUCUUUCAUUCUCACCUACCUGUUUGUUAAUGUUUUUCUAAUGUAGAUAGGUAGACCCAAAUCCCAACAGGAAAACCAAAAAAGUAAAUGCACAUUCCUUAGGUCUACAAGAUGAACCACUUUUUCAGCCAAAUCUGUAAAUAAAUGGCAGCCUUUGACACUGAAAACCCCUUUUCAUGCUACAGUUUUAGUGCUUUUGAGAUGAUGGAUGUGUUAGUAACACAGAAAAGGUGGAGAUUACAUGAAAAUAUAAUUAGGUACAAAAUCUAUAACACAUUGAAUUAUAUUUUAAGAGUCAAAACUUGUUUUUGGAUUGAUGUUUGUAACACAUUCAAUAAAUAUGUAUUUGUUA